AUUUCAUAUAAUGAAUUCAAUUUUCAUGACAACCUUCUCCUUAAGGCACAUUGUUUGUGCACAGUUUAAAUUUAUUUGAUAAAUAACCACCUGGAGCCAAAUGAAGGGACAAUACGUGCGUGGAUUGGUAAAAUUUAUAACAGAUAUCAGAAACUUGAAAACAGAUGAAGAUAAGGAAACAAGGAUCAAGGAAGAGGUGGCUAAGAUCAGAGUCAGCUUCUCUAGUCCCAGAUUGACCGACUAUGACAAGAAAAAACACUUGUUGAAGCUAUUAUAUGUCCAAAUGCUUGGAUAUGACAUAGAUUUGGGAUAUCUGGAGUCUGUACAGUUGAUGGCCUCACCAAAGUUGGCAGAUAAAGCAACAGGAUACAUGGGUUGUGAGAUUUUGCUGAGGGAGUACGAAGAAGUUAUGAGACUGUGUAUAAAUACAACACUGGAGGACAUGAAUAACCCCUGUGAACACGUUUGUUCACUGGCACUGAUCUUUUUAGCAAACACCCAUUCACUAGAAAUCAACGAACGACUUUCAGGUGAAGUUGUCAGAUUGAGUAUGAAUUCCUCAUCAGACAAUGAUUACCUUCGUAAGAAGCUUUAUAUGUGCCUCCUGAGAACUUAUAAACUAAACCCUCAACUGUAUAACAUUAACGAAUGGUAUAGCAUGGUAUACCAGAUAUUGGAAUCUGAAAGUACAGUUUCAUGCCUACUGCCAAUCUGUAAUUUAUUGCAUCCCAUUUUGAGCCAGAAGCCAAAAAACUGGGAAUUAUCAGUAGACCGACUCGCGUCAUUUUUAUCUGAGUUAUCUAAGGAUGAAGUACCGGUGGAGCACUGCUACUUCACAAUAUCAGCACCCUGGCUUACUGUUAAGAUUUUAAGCAUCUUUGCCUCAGUAGAACCUCAUCCAAAUUAUGACUUUCUCCCCAUGUUGUCAAAUUCACUUAAGACCUUGCUGGAUAAGACAAGUAACCUGGUAUUAACACGUCUAGGAAACAAGCACAGCAACAGGGCUAAGAAGUUAAUGAACCUGAGUAUAUACAUGACAAAAACAGGAAUUCUAAGGGAAACCAUAAGAGCAGUGGUUAAUUGGUUCCCAUACCUCAGUAACAUAUCAGCCCAGUUCGUUUGCAAUUGCAUACGACACUUGUACACGUCUGUUAUGUCGCAAAUCAGACUCGUUGCACUUGAAAUAAUAGAGGACGUGAUUAAGAUUAAGGAGACUUAUGAAUACAUUAAAAAUGACGCUGAAUAUAUUUUACACUUUUUAAACGACUCGGAUCCAACGAUUAAGAAAAGGUCCUGCUUGAUACUGUGCGGACUCUGUGAUGUGACAAACUGGGAGCUGAUAGUCCCGGAGUUAAUCUCAACGCUGAGAUAUUCGGAAAUCUCAAUCCAGGAAUACAUGGUCCCACUCAUUUGCAAAACAAUAGAUAAACAUCUUCCUAAAAACACACUCUAUAUCGAUUUAAUUUUUAAAAUCAUAACACACGCACCCUUGGUGUCCAAUAUUUCAAUUUCAACACUGUUAUUGACUACCUUGUAUAAGGAAAACUCAGUUAAAUUUCAGGAAAAGUUUGUUGAUAAGUGCUUAUAUUACCUUCAAGACGAAACUGAGAUUACUGAAGGAUUAUUAAGGAUAUGCGCACAUGUUCUUGGUGAUUACGGGCACUUGUCAACUGAGGUUGGAAUGAAGGAUCAGUUAAAGCUAUUUGAGAAGUAUUUUGUUAUAGCCUCACCAGAGUGCAAGUGCGUAAUUGUAACAACUCUGGGCAAGUUCGCAUCAAGAGAUAAUUCACUGGUUGAUAAAGUGGGAGACUUCCUGGAGACACAAGUGAACUCAACUGACGUUAAUCUACAAAUAAGGUCUUGUGAACUCCUUAAGAUGCUCAGGACUAAUGUGUCACUGUUCAACAGAGUAAUGACAAUAAUCUCAGACAAGAAGCCUUCGUCGAGAUUGAAACACUCUGACAGGAGUCCAACCAAAGAAAGUUACAGAGAAUCAUCCAGAGAAGUUUACAGAAAUAGUCAUAGGGUAAGUGAUGGAUCAAGUCUUAAGGACUCAUUUGACAAACCUGUCCCAAGAGACUCUUUUGAUAGAAAUCUUUCGAGAGAUUCUUUUGACAGAAACGUUUCAAGAGACUCUUUUGAUAGAACCAGUCAGAGAGUAUCUUCUGAAAGAACUAGUCUUAAAGAAUCAGCAAGGAGUGAUAAUCUGGCUUCAGCCAGGGAUAGAGAUGUUAGGAGAACGUCUGCAAGAGAAGGAAGUUCUGGAUUAUUCAGUAACGAAAGUUGUGUGCUGUUAUUGAAUGAAUAUUUUACCGUUGAGUUGGAACAAGCCUACAGAAACCAGCAUUCAAAACUGUUAGUCAGGUUAAAGAAUGUUUCUAACGAGGAUUUAUAUGUACACAAAUGUGCUUUAAAAUCACCACCAGAACUCCACGGACAAGAGCACAAUCAACUCAGAGAUGUUAAACUAAAGCCUGGACAAGUAGCUAACCACAAACUUUCAUUCAUGCUAAUGGACUAUGCUCUUGAACUUCCGAACUAUUUCCUAGAUCUGGGACUAGAAUCGAAAAUAGAGCCACUCAACCACACCUUGAAUUUGCCUGUAUGUGUUCACAAGUUUAUGAAACCGCUGGAACUUGACCCGCCCUCCUUCACAAAACUCUGGAACACACUCACACAAACACAGCCAUUCAUGUUCAAAUUCAAGAAUAAUAUCAGCGUUUUGGCAAACUCACUCACGGCGCUCAAUUUCGACGUUGUUAAGACGGGAGAUAAUGUAUACGUAUCGGCUUCUGGACUGGUUUCAACGGAAUCCAGUGAAUUUUUCUGCCUGGGAAUGUUCACAGCGGACAGGGGAGGCUUGGUGGCAAGUUACAGGGCGAGUACGGCACUUUUGGCACAAUGUAUCAUAAAUAUAACCAAAACUCUUCUAAAAGAGCUUUAAUUGCGCUUCAAAAGCAAUUUUAAUUUCAUUUUUGAGUA